AUGAACGCCCUGGCUGCGAAAUUGGAACUUUCGUCUUCACUCCAAUUCUACGAUGUCUACUCUUUAGAUGAUGCUGAGUUGCUCGCGCAUAUUCCUCGUCCUGCUUUGGCUUUGCUCGUGAUCAUCCCACUCACAGCCGCGUGGGACCAAAACCGCAAGACUGAAGACGAACACACACAAGACUAUACUGGAAGUGGUGCUCAAGAGCCUGUUGUUUGGUUCAAGCAGACUAUCGGUCAUGCUUGUGGGUCUAUCGGUUUACUGCAUAGCUUGAUCAAUGGUCCUGCUGUCGAGUUCAUCACACCUGGCUCUGACCUCGCAAACAUACGCGAUCAGGCGAUUCCUUUGACUAUGGACAAACGUGCUGAAAUGCUGUACAACAACAAACCAUUCGAGGUUGCGCACAAGUCUGUCCAGGAGGAGGGAGACAGCCAUGUCGACUCAAGUGUCGAGCGCAACGGAGGACAUUUUGUCAGCUUUGUCAAGAGUGCAGGUACACUCUGGGAGCUUGAGGGAUCGAGGAUGGGACCGUUGGACAGAGGGAGUCUGGGAGAUGAGGAGGAUGUUCUUAGCUCAAAGGCGCUGGAGAUGGGGAUUAAGAGGAUCAUAAAAUUGAAUGCUGGUGCUGGUGGAGGAGAUAUGAGGUUUAGCUGUAUUGCUCUGGCUCGCAAAACGUAG